AUGAAUGGUUAUGGUGCGAUAUCAAGAGGGCGUUAUGGUACUACGAAUUUAAUAACACCUUAUGGAAAAAUUCUUUGUAUUAUUUAUACAAUAAUUGGCUUCAUCUUUGCAUUAUUAUUUCAACAAAUAUUACAUCGUCGAUUAAUCCCAUUUUUUUACGAUAUUAUUUUUCAAACAGCUAUUAAUCGUUCUGUUAUUUAUUACUCAAAAAAAUCCUAUAGCUUCAUUGUAUCAUUUUUGUUUAUCACACUUUUAAUAGCUGUAUUUUUUAUAAUAAUUCCAACGUUACUUAUUCAUAGUAUAUAUGUACCACAAUGGUCUUUUGUUCAAUUAACGUAUUUCGCCGUUACUACAAAUCAUCUUAUUGGUUUUGGUGAUUUAACACCUUGUGUUGAUUUAUACGGACAAACUCGUUCAACAUGCGCAAUAAUAAUAACUAUUUAUGUGAUUAUUCAAGUACUUACUGCUGGUAUUCUUAGUCAUAUGUGGAUUAUAUUUCCUAGAAAAAAUCGUCAAUUUUCAAAACAACGACGACAUCAUUCUGAUCCUAUAGGUUCAAUAGAUGAUAAUAAAAAAGUAUCUAUUCAUUUAAAUGAUGAAUUCUUAUCAAAUGUCUUUACAUGA